AAAUGUUUUCAACAAAUAAAGACAUUAUUCUCUACUUUCAGUUUAGAAGAUCUGGAGACAAAAUAACUCCAACAAAAAAGCUGAUUGCUUGUACCAUUGGUCAUCAAACAGCAAAGUGUUCUGGUCUUGGUAGCUGUCCUGAAAACUGCAUUAUGUUUGCAGUUAAGAAACCUUGGAUAGACGGAGGAUACGAGGAUGGGAUACUCACUGACCCAUUUAUAAGGAAGCAUAUCACUGAUCUGAUCAACAGCUGGGAGAGUUUAAAGAAAAGUAAGUGUAAGAACUCGAAAGAAGCAGGAAAAACUAGACAAGAUUUCAAAAAAAAAAAAGAAGGAAAUAAGGUUUUCUGGAUUGCUAAACCAAAUAUCCAAGAUAUUCUUAAGAAGACUAGCCUUAAUAAGGACUCGUAUCGUACUGAUAUGAAACUUUUGAGAGAUCAAAAGGCCAGACGUAAAAUGACUCUGGGUAAAAAAGACAAGCUAUAUAACCGGAGAAUUGAGAAGAGAGAACAGAAAAGAUUGAAACAUCCACAGUUAGUGUUGAACAGUUUUCUCAGAGAGAUGAUUUGACUACAGAGCUUCAGUAUUCUUCUGAAACUAGUGAUACAAGUACCAGCAUGGACUCAGAUUGUUCUUUUGAUUUCGAACAGUCAGGUCCAAGUAAUGAUACGCCGCAGUUAGCCAAGAAUUUUGUACAAGAUAUUGCCAUGACUUCACUUUCCAAAAAUAUUUCCUCCAGAGAUUUGAUGCAUGUUUGUACAGAUUUGGUUGUUAGUUCAGGUGGAAACGUUGAAGAAUUUUUACUGUCUCAAUCAACUAUUUGGCGAGCACAAAAGAAAAUCAUCCAUCAAAAUACUGCACAGCACAAAAGGGAGGUUAAAAAAGCUGCUAAGAAAGCACUUUUCCUCAUAAUAGCUCACUUUGAUGGAAAAAUUAUAGAAGAUUUCACUAAUGGGAAAAAAAGAAAAAAGUGACAGGUUUGCUGUUUUAGCUAAUAUUGAUGGAGCAUGGAAUUGGAGCUGCUCAGUAUGAAGCUUUGAAUAAUGUACUGAAAGAUUAUGGAAUAUGUGAUGAUGUGUAGGGAUUUUGUUUUGACACAACUGCCUCAAAUACUGGAAGACAUUCAGGAACCAAUAUUAGGUUCAGUCAAAGACAGGAAUCUAUUUUGUUAGAGCUUGCCUGCAGGAGACAUAAAUAUGAGCUUCAUCUUAAACAUUUCUGGGAGCAAAUUACCUUAGGCAAAACAGCAGCUCCAGAAGAUUUAAUGUUUAAACGGUUUCAGACAAACUGGAAAGGCAUCAAGAAAACUGUUGAUCCUUCCAAUUUAAUAAGGUUUGAUAUCAAUUCCAUCAGCAAUACUUUCUUGGCUACCCAGAUUGAGGAAACUAUCCAGUUUUGCAAGGAUGCAUUAAACACUGACAUAUUUCCCAGAGGGGAUUAUAGGGAGUUAUUGGAACUUACCCUAAUGUAUCUGCAUCCUGAAAUAUUUUUUAAAGUUCGAGCUCCAGGCUGUGUUUCUCAUGCUAGGUUCAUGUCAAAAGCCAUUUACUACUUGAAGAUUCAGAUAUUGAGUACACAUCUGCCCUAUGAUUUGACUGUUUUGACCGGCGAGGACCUUUAAAGUCACGUCACAUUAAAAUUUUUGAGCUUGAAAUUAUUUUUAUAUUGGUAGUCAACCAUUCCCGGUAGGACCAACUUGUUUGCCAACCUCGUUUCUAUGUUUUAUGAUCAGACCUUUGUAUCAAA